AUGGGUGACAGUCAUACAAAGUCAUCAACAAACUGGCUGGAGGAGCCCGAACUACCUUCAGCCGAAGAGAUUCUGUCAAGCUCUUCACCACUCCUUCUACCAAUUCAAAAUGAGAGCAUUACCUCUAAGAGUGAAUAUCUCGAAAAGCAUUAUCGAAUGCAGAGAUACGAAGCCGUUGAGCCAACGCGGCUGGCGGUCUCGGAAUUCCGCCAAGCACCCGACAUGCCAGAACGAGACCUCGCCUACGUCUACACAGAUGUCCAUGUGCAGGGCAUCGUUUUGACUGCUCAGGGUGCUGCUACCAGAGUCUCGUUUGCAACGGACAGGGCAGCAGCAACACCGAUUGAUUGGGCCAAUCCCAGCCGGCUUCAACAGGGAUCUCUUGUGGUUCUCUCGCCGGUCGCCGAUCACUUCAAGUCCAAAUGCUAUGUAGCCACAGUGGCAUAUCGUUUCCUGGCUGGUGGUCUCUUGCCUGACCUUGACGCAGAUCCGCCAGAACCAGAGAAUACACCAUCAAGGGUCGAUUUGUUUUUCUCGACAUGGGGAGGUGAGCUUCUGGACCCAAACAUUACUUUCUACAUGUUAGAAGCAAAGGAUGGGUACUUUGAGUCCGUCCGACACACAAUGGUGGCGCUUCGAACAGCGGCCUUCGAGAAGUACGUUGCCACACCAUCUCUUACAUAG